AUGGACGAAAUCGACAAGCUAGAACAGCGCAUCGCCGACUUAGAGAAAAACCAGUUACGAUUAGACGGACUGGAGAGAGGUCGGCUAAUUCAGGACGAGGAAGUAUACAACCUCACACAAAGGAUGAAUAGAUUAGAAGAAACCCUUUUCGGGAAAACUAACACUCUCCAAAACAAGGCUCACAAUCAAUCAAAACAGAACAUUUCACAGCAAAACGUUCAAAUCAUCGCUCAGCCCGCUGUUCGUCCUCGUCGAACUUCUCAAAAAGUCAAACUGAUCGUCGCAGGGGGUCUUUUCCAGAAUGGAUACAAAGAUGGAAAACCUCAAUGGGAUUGGCGCGAUGAUUCCCUAACUCUAAAUUACUCCGGCAACAAAAUAACAAUGGAAAGCCAAAAGCUAAUGUCGAGUAGACACAGCCAAAUGUGCGGCGUUCUAUACGAAGAUCACUUUCACAUCAUCGGCGGAAACACUGAGAAGGGACCUACGGGCGAUCACUUGCGCUACCACCAUGGCGGCUGGAUUCGCGAUGUCGGGCUGUCACGAGCGCGGUACGGUGCAUUCUGUGGCGUUUUCCGCGGACGCAUUUGGACAUGUACCGGAAGUUCGCUCGACAACAAUGGCGAGAAGGUACUUUACAAAAGCUGUGACUCCUGGGCACAAGGCGACACACACUGGGUUGCAGGGACCGCACUCUACGCAGCGUCCGCUGUCACUCCGACUGGACUCUUUCUCAUCGGCGGAAAUGUUGAAUCUCUCGACGACCCGGACACGGUCCACUUCAUGCAUAUAACCAAGCAGCCCGCGGACUUUUGGCAUCGCGGACCUGAGCCGGAGAUAAAUCGUGGAAUCGCAAGCGCCACCGCUGUCGUACUUGACAUUGACAUCUAUCUUGUUGGCGGCUAUGAUCAAGUUACAAAAGAGAUAAAAAGAGAAAUCAUGAUGCUUGAGCACAAUCACGUACCCAUUAAAUCGAAAUGGAAAGUUGUUGGCCACCUUAAUUACCCAAGACAUGGCUUGAAUGCUCUCCCUGUCGCUCGUACGAAGUUCGCAGUUAUCGGAGGGCACAGUAAUUCCACAGAGCUGCCGUUUAUCAGCGUCUUUGAUGCAAGCAAUCCUAGUUCGAUUUCCAACUCAAAUACAUCAAUACGAGUUCGAUCAAGUGCUGCAGCAGCGUGUCCUACACGAUUUUUUGCAGCAGCAGCGAGGAUACCAUCCCAUAAAAGCGCUCCAUAA